GAGGCAUAAUGGUAUCUAAAUCGCGUUUCAAGGGGUUAGCUGGCUGUGAUACCAGGCCUUGAUUUCCUUCAUCUCACGAUAGGUAAAUAGGCCCUACUUUGACCGCUUACAUGCGUUAAUUUGAUGCUAAUUAAAUCCGCAUGUAAGCGGUUAAUUUCGAGCGAAUCGUUAAGUCCCCAAUGAUCUGAAAAGCGGGAGAAUGUGACCCGCUCAAGGUCUGGGAAAGACCUACUGCUGACCACUUGGACAACUUUCUCGACUUCCUCUUUCUUCCAACGUUGGCGAGCAAGAAUCUUGGGUAUCUGACCAAUUUAGUAUACACCAAAUAUCCGAGGAUACUACUGAAACAUACAACGCUAAGAAAGAUUAAACUUAGCCUUACCACACCAUUGUUAAGAGCUUUUGCAAUCUUACGGAGUUUCACGAGGCCGCAGUUUGAACACUCAGACGAUGGACCGUUCCCCACUACGAAACCCCGAUAAAGCCAUCUUUGCGGUGAGAAAGGUUGUCCAACUGCAUCCUCCCAUUUACCAAAGAAGAGGAAUGGCAUGUGCCGUUGAUAUGGGAAAGGAGCAGUACUUGCUAACAUGGGAGGGUGUUUUUAACGAGGACGAUCGUGACCUUAUCAAUGAGAAGUCAGUGAAAUUUAAUCGGAGGUCGAAAACCUUUUCGACCAUGGAUUUAGAAAUAUCAAAGAUUAAGCAAGCUGGUAGUUGUUCGUUUAUUUCAGUAGAUAAGGGUCUACAACAUGGCGAUGCACUCACGGUGGAAAUUCCAGGAAGUGACGUAACUACUAAUGAUGUCUGUGCACAGUCAUUCGUCGGAAGGAACAAAUCUUUGACGAUUAAUUUCAAGUACAACCAAAAAAAGGGAAGGCAUGAACUUGUCUCUUUUAAAGGGAAGGAUUGUGCCAUCGAGAAAUCUGACGUCCUCGGAUCACCUAUCAUUUCAAACAAGUGUGUCAUCGGUGUGGUGGGAGAGGAUGAUAAUAGACGAAUUAUUCCCUAUUUCAUAUCACGGACAGAGCUUGGUGAGUUAAAAUGUUUUAUGACUCUUAGACUCGAGGACAUUUGUUUUAUAUUGUCCACUUUGCCCAUUUCCAUCCUUCAAGGUCUGUAACAAAGUUUUUAGUACCUCUAAGUCACUUGACAGUCUUAAGGAGCGAAUUAUGAUACCCACUAUACCGAUCUGCGUGAGGAACGAAUUUAGCUCUACGAUACUAAAAUAAUAUUUAAAGCUUUAAGUUUGAUUUUCGUAUUGGGUGAACUGUAUGCCUGUGUGAAAAUGAAGUUCCAAAAUUCUUUACUGCCCCAGGCUGCAACUCCAAUUCUUUCCAUAGUCUUUGUGAGAAAUGUUUAGUCAUUUCAGUGUAAGUUUAUUAGUCUACCAAUCAUUUCUCAAAGAAGCAAAGUUCUUUUUUUCUGAAAGUUGUGAAAGGUAGUGACAAAAAGUUAUCUAACCAAAAAGGUGUCGUUAUCACAACAAGACUAAACCAUUGAUAAUGAAGGCUAUUGUAAUUAUUAUCCUACAAAUAUUUUUCAGUGUGGGUGGGAUGUUCACUAUUUGGUGUUCUCUGAUUUGAAAAAAACAAGAAAAACAUGCUCCUUCCUCUGUUUCAGUCUGUAACACUUUCUCAUGAAUGAUAUUUUAAGCACUAAGUUUUCUGUACUGGAUGUACGGUUUUAAAAAUUGGGGAAUAUCCCUUGAGGUAUAUCCUUGGUUAUCUCCCAUGUUUUUUAAAUGGAGGAUUAUUCCAUCAUCAAAAGUAUUUGUUGAGUUAUAAUUAUUAUUUUAAUAAUUACAAUAAUCUACCUGAUAAAUGUGAAAAAAGUAAAGCUUUGUUUUGUGCCAUCCAAUUUAUCAGCAUGCAUGUAAUAAUUAACAAAUGGUAAACACCACAGCGUACACUAUUGAGUUAUGGAU